GUCUCCUCUCGCCCCACCCUCGUUCCCCUACCCUCGACGCCAUUAGCUCUCGCCCUCGCCGCCUCGCUCGCCGCCUCGUGCAGCCAGCGCCGCUCGGUGCGCGGAGUCCGCCGCGCGUGGGAACCCGCAGAUCCGGCGUCGGCGGCGCCGUUCGUUCGUUCGUGCGUUCGUUCGGGCGGCGGCGAAGGAGGAACCCGGUGCCGGUUUCCGCUCCCGCGACGGCGACGAGGGGACGCGGCCCGCGCAUGGUGGUUGGAUGAAGCGUUCCAGGGAGGACGCGGUCUCGGGGUCACAGCUCAAGCGCCCCACCGUCGCCGCUCGAUCCGAUCCGCCGACGCAGCCGCAGCCCAUGCCUCCGGCGGGCCCACCGGCGCCGGCGCCACAGCCCCAGGCCGCGCCGGCGCAGCUGUCCGGCGGCUCGGCGGCGGCGGCCGCUGCGGGCCAGAAGCUGACGACCAACGACGCGCUCGUCUACCUCAAGGCCGUCAAGGACAAGUUCCAGGACAACCGCGCCAAGUACGAGGAGUUCCUCGAGGUCAUGCGUGACUUCAAGAGCGAGAGGAUUGAUACCAACGGGGUAAUUAUCCGUGUCAAGACCCUUUUCAACGGGUACCCUGAGCUCAUCCUCGGAUUCAACACCUUCCUGCCCAAGGGCUUUGCGAUCAGGCUGCAGGAUGACAAGGAGAAGAAGCCUGUUGAUUUCGUGGAAGCCAUCAAUUUCGUCAACAAGAUCAAGAGCCGGUUCCAGCGUGAUGAGCACGUCUACAAGUCUUUCCUGGACAUUCUCAACAUGUACCGCAAGGAUAAUAAGUCCAUCCAAGAUGUUUACCAUGAGGUUGCGAUACUGUUCUGUGACCAUAAAGACUUGCUCGAAGAAUUCCAGCACUUCUUGCCUGAUACCUCGGUGUCUCAGCACGCAGAAACUGCUCCAAGAGCUGGUUUGGUUAAGCGGGAAGCCCCUCUAAUGCCUCCUGUUGGUAGGAGUGAAAAGCCUAGGGCUUAUCCAUCACAUGCUGACCGUGACACCAGUGUGGAUCGUCCUGAUGUGGAGCAUGAUCGCCAGAGAAGACGUCCGGACAAGGAACGGAAGGCAGAAAGAGAUAGGAGAGAUUAUGAGAGAGAUGAGAAGGAUGUUGAACAUGACAGCAAAGACCUGGAUGUUGGACUGCGUAAGCGUAAACCUUUUCCAAGCGCAAACCUUACAGGUGCUGAGGCACAGCAGGGUGGUCUCCCAGAGAAUCAUGGAAUAAAUGGUGCCUCAGCUUCAUCGUAUGAUAAUAAGGAUGCAUUGAAGAGUGUAUACGCACAGGAGUUCCAUUUUUGCGAGAAAGUCAAGGAGAAGCUGGAAUAUGACGCUUACCAGGAGUUCUUGAAAUGUCUUCACAUAUACAGCCAGGAAAUUAUUACGAGAAGUGAAUUGAAGAACUUGGUAAAUGAUAUACUGCAACACUACCCAGAUCUUAUGGAUGGAUUUAAUGAAUUCUUGGAUCAUUGUGAAAAUAUAGAUGGAUUUUUGGCUGGAGUCUUCAGCAAAAAGCAACCUGGACGGCUAGUUAAAACUGAGGAUAAAGAAAGAGAUAAGGAACAUGAGAGGGAGGAGAGGAACAGAGACCGGGACAGGGAAAGAGAAAAGGAAAGACUUAAGGAAGGUGCUAGCCAGAAACCUUCUGUCACCAAAGACAAGUAUCUAUCCAAACCAAUUUCAGAGCUUGAUCUCUCAAAUUGUCAGCGAUGCUCUCCUAGUUACCGGCUUCUACCUAAAAAUUACCCAAUGCCUCCGGCAGGCAACAGGACUGAUCUUGGAGCCUCAGUUCUUAAUGAUCACUGGGUAUCAGUGACAUCAGGAAGUGAAGACUAUUCCUUUAAGCACAUGCGGAAGAAUCAGUAUGAAGAAAGUUUAUUUAGAUGUGAAGAUGACAGAUUUGAGCUGGAUAUGCUGUUGGAAUCAGUUAAUGCAGCAACUAAGCGUGUCGAGGAGUUGAUAGAAAAAAUGCAAGAUAACUCGCUAAAACCAGAAAGCCCGAUACGCAUGGACGAGCAUUUAACUCCUUUGAACCUAAGGUGCAUUGAACGGUUGUACGGUGACCAUGGCCUGGAUGUGAUGGAUGUUCUUAGGAGAAAUGCCAGUGUUGCACUGCCAGUUAUCUUGAGUAGGCUAAAACAAAAGCAGGAGGAAUGGUCAAGGUGCCGUUCAGAUUUCAACAAGGUUUGGGCUGAAAUUUAUGCCAAAAAUUAUCACAAAUCACUUGAUCAUCGCAGUUUCUAUUUCAAGCAGCAAGAUUCGAAGAGCCUGAGCGUAAAAUCUCUAUUGACCGAGAUUAAAGAAAUUAAUGAGAAGAAAAGAAAGGAAGACGAUGUACUCAUUGCUAUUGCUGCUGGAAAUAGGCGGCCUAUAGUUCCCAAUAUGUCAUUUGAGUAUGUGGAUUCAAAAGUCCAUGAAGAUCUUUAUAAGAUCGUCAAGUACUCAUGUGGAGAAGUCUGCAGCUCCUCGGACCAACUAGACAAAGUGAUGAAAAUGUGGACAACUUUUCUGGAGCCAAUUUUAGGUGUUCAGCCUCGAUCCCAUGGUAGUACGGAUGCAGAUCUGAUUAAACCCAAGAAUGGAAUCACAAAAUCUAGUAUUGCAACUCUGGGGGAAAGCAAUACUACUACAGAUGGAGUUGCUGCCCAGCAAGGUCAUGGUGAUGAAAGCAAACAACAGGAUCAAGCACCAUCAGGUGUGGUUAGAUUGGCGCGACUGGGUAAAGGAGUUGCCUCAGACUCUCAAAAUGGUUCCCAUGAUGCAGAUCGAACUGCUCGUAGAGAUGAUGAAGCAUCAAAUAUUGCACCAAAUGGAAGAGUGCAAGCUGCUGCCUUCAUCACAGAUGAAAUGUCUGCAGUAAGUACCCAGAACAUGCCUACUGAGAGAUCAGCAGUACAGCAUAACAAUAUUAAGGCAAACUCGGAAAUUACACCAGGAAUGAAUGCUUCUAGAAGUUCACAUGCUGGAGUUAGUGUGGCUGGUGGUGCCAGGGCUAGCCAUCAAGUAUCACCAUCUAUUGAGGGUGGAGAGACUGGCAGGCCAGGAACAUCUUUAAAUGGUGGAGGCACCAAUGAGGGUAAUAAAGGGCGCCUAUUUAAUGAACCUGCGGCAUCACACAAUAUUUCGAAAGUUGAAAGAGAGGAGGGUGAAUUAUCUCCUAAUGGAGAUUUUGAAGAGGACAAUUUUGUGCCCAUGGAAGAUGGAGCAUCUAAAACAAAAGAAGGUUCUACAAGCAGAACAUCCAAGGUUAGACCUGGUGAAGUAGAUACUGAGGCAGCUGGCGAGAAUGAUGCUGAUGACGAUGGUGAGGAAAGCACUCAAAGGUCUACUGAGGACAGUGAAAAUGCUUCUGAGGCUGGUGAAGAUCCAUCGGGAAGUGAAUCUGGCGAUGGUGAGCAUUGUUCUCGUGAAGAUCAUGAUGAGGAAGAAGAUAUGGAUCAUGAUGAUCAGGAUACAAAGGCAGAAAGUGAGGGUGAGGCAGAGGGGACAACUGAGACUCAUGAUGUUGAAGGAGGCAUAUCACUACCUUUAUCAGAACGCUUUCUGUACUCGGUUAAACCACUGGCCAAGCAUGUACCCACAUCCUUACAUGAUCGAGAAGAGAAAUCCUCACAUAUAUUUUAUGGGAAUGAUUCAUUUUAUGUCUUGUUCAGGCUGCAUCAGAUGUUGUACGAAAGAUUGCUUUCAGCAAAGACAAACUCUGCGAGUGCUGAAAAGAAAUGGAGAACCUCUAAGGAUACAAACCCCCCUGACCUAUAUGCAAAGUUCCUGAAUGCACUCUACAACUUACUUGAUGGUUCUUCUGAUAAUACCAAGUUUGAGGAUGACUGCCGUGCUAUUAUUGGUACCCAGUCGUAUGUUCUCUUUACUUUGGAUAAACUGAUAUACAAAGUUGUCAAGCAGCUUCAAGCUAUAGCAACAGAUGAAAUGGACAACAAGCUUCUCCAGCUUUAUUUAUAUGAAAAAUCAAGAUCUCCUGGGAGGUUCUUUGAUCUAGUUUAUCAUGAAAAUGCCCGUGUCCUACUCCAUGAUGAGAGCAUGUAUCGAUUUGAAUGUUGCUCAGAUCCAACGAGGCUGUCGGUUCAGCUCAUGGAAUAUGGUCAUGAAAAACCUGAAGUGACUGCAGUAUCGAUUGAUCCAAAUUUUUCCUCAUAUCUCUUCAGUGACUUUUUGUCAGGUUUGUCUGACACAAUGUUGUCUGAUGGUGUCUUCCUUGGAAGGAAUAAGCGGAAAAAUUCAAGUAGUGAUGAGGCCUCUGAUUCAUUGAAGACCAUGGAUGGUGUCCAAGUUGCGAAUGGUCUUGAAUGCAAGAUAUCCUGCAAGACCUCUAAGGUCUCGUAUGUCCUUGACACAGAAGAUUUCUUGUUUCGGUUGAGAAAGCGGAGGAGACUUUUAGCCAGUGGAAUUGUGCCUGACAAGUUGCAGACAUCAAAGAAAGAUGCUGCAAAAGUGCAGCGCUUCCAUUCGUUUCUAGCCAAGCCUUAGGGUCAUAGGCAAAAUAUUGACAUUGUAUUGAAAUCAGGAGAUGCUGCUGGGGUUAUGACUGCCUUGCUCUUGAUAUCACAAGGAAAGUUGCAGGAGUCCAAAGCCUCGGUCCCAUUCCCAGAAUGCGUCCCCCCCCUGGAAUAAUGAUUCGGCGUUUGGGUAGAUAAGACAUGGUAAAUACAGCAAAGCAAAGCAUGUUAUGGCCACCUCAGUCAGCUUUAGGCCAGGCCGAAAGAAUGUGUGUGUGUAUGUAUAUAUAUGUAAUGGCAGAAUGUUGUUUGUUCUGUUAACAUAUUAUCUCUAGUGUUUUUUGGUCGGUCUUAGAAGGAUUCUAUUAAACUUAAUCACCAUUCCUUUAUGGUAUAGGCCUGUUGUUAUUUUGACAACCUUUUCCCAAUCAAGAUAUGUAGCCUUGAUUAAUCAAAUGGAGCAAUGCCAACAUUCAGACCGUGUGAAA